UUGGCUCUCCCUCGUUUUCUCUCAGCCGGGAAAGGAGGGAAAUUAAUGAUGGAAGAGCAAAGUUUGGACAAUCUUCCCUUGACCCAGAACCUGCCGCUGAGCCAGGACUCCUUUAUACAGCUGUGGGACAGUGUUGUAACUCCCUCCAUCUCCACCAUUCCAACGGUGACUUAUGUGUCUAAUGAAACAUGGAGGCCGGACAGUAAUAUGGAUAUGCUGCUCAUUAAUGAUCAAGCGCUGACCGAGGGGUUUGAUGAGAAUCUGUUUGAGCUGCCCCCAGAGAUGUCCACUAAAGAUGUUGUUACUCCCCCGUCCUCCACCGUCCCGGUUACAACUGACUAUCCGGGGGAAUAUGGCUUCCAGCUUCGCUUUCAGAAGUCUGGCACGGCCAAGUCCGUCACCUCCACUUAUUCGGAGCUUCUCAACAAGCUAUAUUGCCAGCUGGCAAAGACCAGCCCGGUUGAAGUGCUUGUGAGCAAGGAGCCUCCUGCGUGUGCCAUCCUCAGGGCCACAGCGGUUUAUAAGAAGACUGAGCACGUAGCCGAUGUGGUCCGCAGAUGUCCCCAUCACCAGAAUGAGGACGCCGCGGAGCAUCGCAGCCAUCUGAUCAGAGUGGAGGGAAGCCAGAGAGCGCAGUAUUUUGAAGAUCUGCACACAAAGAGGCAAAGUGUAACUGUCCCGUACGAGCCUCCACAGUUGGGCUCAGAGAUGACAACCAUCCUGCUGAGCUUUAUGUGCAACAGUUCCUGCAUGGGGGGCAUGAACCGCAGACCCAUCCUCACCAUCCUGACCCUUGAGACUCCAGAGGGACUUGUUUUGGGCCGGAGGUGCUUCGAGGUGCGUGUCUGCGCAUGUCCAGGCAGGGACCGCAAGACGGAGGAGGCAAAUAGUGCAAAGAUGCAGAACGGCACCAAGCAGACUAAAAAGCGGAAAAGCAACCCAGCUCCUGACAUGACUUCUGCAAAGAAGCCGAAGUCGGCCUCCAGUGCAGAGGAGGAGGACAAGGAUGUGUAUGUUCUGCAUGUUCGUGGUCGUGAGCGGUUUGAAAUGUUGAAAAAGAUAAAUGAUGGUCUGGAGUUGCUGGACAAAGAAAGCAAAACAAAGACCAAGCUUACUGUUAAACAGGAGGUUCCACUGCCUUCAAAUGGAAAGAGGCUCUUGCAAAGAGGAGAGAGGAGUGACAGCGACUAGGAACCUUGUUGCUUUGAUCAUGAGAACAAACUGCAUCUCUUUCUCCCUCCAAGCCAGUGGGUUUAUUUCAGGUUUUUAUUCGUCAUUGGAACCCCAAAUCACCUCCUGCCUCAGUACGCCAGAACUUUAUCCAAUAACUGUACUGCAUAACCGUUUACUGUACUCCAAGUACUGUACAGUGUCUUGCUGUUUUUGAGAUAUGCAAAUGAAUAAAGUUUGAAAAGAUAAUCCAGUGGAGAGCAGUUGAUACUGUAAGCAGGUCUGCCUCCUCCUCAAUGCCCUCAUUGCAUUUCAAGGUUGUGUGAAAUGGCUUCGAGAUCUUUAACUUUCUGUGCAUUUGCAUGAAACAGGCUAUGGGGGGGGACUUAAAAGUGUGAGGGACUGUAUCAGUGUUAAUCUUGGCAAGGAUUUCGUUUGAGUUUUAAUGAUUCCUUUUUUAAAAUUGAUGUCAUUUAUAUUGUGUCAUUUAUAUAUGCAUUAGUUAUAGUCAAUGAAAAUGGAAGAGAUUCAUUCUUGGUCUUUGAAUGACAUGUUUUUUUUUUUUUAAUGUAUGACUUGUCAAAAUAGUAAUUAUGAUCUUAAUUGGGUUAAGAAGAACUCGAGAAGCAAAGUCUGAUCAAAUUUUUUGUCACAAUUAAGACAGAUAUGUGAUCGCAAAGGAUCAUAAUCUUUAUACGAGUCACUGCCAUUCGUUUGAAAAAGUGCCAAGUCAGGUUUGUAAAACUUGAAGGGAUGUUUACCUCCAUUAAUGUUGCUGUAUUUCUUAACCAUAGCCCAUGCAAACAUUUACAUCCUGUCAAACUGAACUUUUGGGUGUCUGAGGAACUUCCAUCAGUCCAGCUCUUAUUAGAUGUGCUAUUCAAGGGCUUUUUUUUUUUUUUUAAUUAGUUUAUCUAGGUUUGAUAUCUUCUCUUUUUUUAUCACGAACAGCUGUAAAUACAUUUUAGCUCAGUUUAGUUCCAUGGAUCUGUAUGUUGUCUCUUCCUCUUAAAUGGUGAUGAUUGUGCUCGCAGGGAACAUUGACAACAGUCAUGAUUUCUGUGAAAAAUAACAGAUUUGGUAGAUGAGGGGCUGGCUGGCUCACCCCAAAAGCUAAUCACCUUUUAGUAUUUGUAACUUUUAUAUACAGCAGAAAUUGUUGGUGGGGGGGAAACAUAGGAAAGAGAAAUGUUGACAUAAAAGCAAAGGAACAGUACACACAGGGACACUGUAUAACAAGGACAACACCUAAAAGAAUGAUUAGGAUGGUUGAUACGGCGCAAGCCACUUUGUUCAGAUAUCAAACUGAAGUGAUCAAAUGUCAUCCGUUUGGAUGUCCCACUGUGAUUUGAGUUUGUUUCCAUUUUUGACCAUGCAAUUUAUUACUGAAUCAGCACUUCCGUUUGAUGCGACCAAUCUGUCAGUCAAUAAAACCACUUUGUUUUUACACUGCCAAAAAAAAGUAUACAUAAAGGCAUUUCUUUGUUAUAUUUCUUUAUCUUUAUAGAUUAUUUUGGGAACUUAGUUUUUUAUAAGAGGUUUAUCUUUCUAUAUUUUUCAUCGUUAUUUUUUCAUGGCUUUUCUUUUGUACUAAUUAGCAUUUUGUUACUCAAAGCUUUAAGCCAAAAAUAAAUGCCUAACAUAAAA